ACGGUUGAAAACCUUCUUUUCCCUCCAGUGAAACACUCUUUGAAAUUUUUCGUCACUGCAACUUCUGGAGUGCAAGACAUCCCAGAGUUUAUUGGUUCUGUGCUGGUUGAUGAAGUUCAGGUGGGUUACUAUGACAGCAACACCAAGACGGCUGAACCCAAAGUGGACUGGGCGAGAAAGUUCUUAAAAGACGACCCAAAACACCUGGAGUUCUACGUUAACCAAUGCUAUAGAGACCGGGACUUCCUCAAAGCCACCAUUGGCAGCUUGAUGAAACGCUUAAACCAAACUGGAAGUAAGAUAAUUUUUCAUAUAUGCUUUCACUGUGCUCACAUCCUACAGAGAAUGAGCGGCUGUGAAUGGGAUGAUGAAACUGGAGAAAUCAGGGGUUUUAAUCAAUAUGGAUAUGAUGGUGAAGAUUUCAUAGUGCUGGACCUGCAGACACUGACAUGGAUCGCUCCAAAACCACAGGCGUUCAUCACCAAACAGAGAUGGGAUCCAGACAAAGCUCGACUAGAUGCCAAUAAAUACUACUACACUGUCUUUUUCCCUGGUUGGCUGAAGAAGUACUUGCACUACUUUAGGAGUUCUUGGCAGAGAACAGGUACAAUUACACAACCGGAGGUACAAACAGUUCUUUAUUCCAUCUGUGUCUAUCCACAGGAGCAUCCAGUGAAAAUACAACAAUGCAUAACCCAGCUGUCUAGGGUCAACUAGAUGUUACAGAACAACAGGUUAUGAGUGAGGUCAAGCAAUUUAUUGCUUAGUGACAUAAUUAACAAAAGAAAAGGUGAAAAUGAAACAGGGCUGAUGGGUUGCUGCUAACUCAAAGAACCUAUGAAAACCGAGAUCUAAAAACUAGCUAAAAAAUACCAGAAGACAAAACUAAACUAAGCGAAGAGAAGCAUCGUCAUCAUCUACCCCCUGCCUGGUCUUGCAGUUCGUCAGUGCUUGGACUCCCUGCUACA